AUGGACAGAAUAGCUGGUCAAUUUUUACAAAAUAUUAAAACUCUGACGAUGACUAGAUGGGGAAACUCUGAAACUUACAACAAGUUGAUCAUGAUGAAAUCAUUAACUGAUCUUCGAAUUUCAAAAAUUAAUUUUGUAGAAAUGUCUAAAUAUUUAAUUUCAUUGGAUCAAUUGAUUAGUCUUGACAUAUCUAAGAGUUUGAUAACUGAUUCAAUAGUGGAACCAAUAAGUAAAUUGAAACAGUUGACUUAUCUUAAUGUUUCUGAUAAUAGUAUUGGUAAUUAUGGAGUUAUGCAUAUAAGUAAAUUGGAACAAUUAACAAAUCUUGUUAUAAGUAAAAAUAGAUUUGGUAUGAAUUGUCUCAAAUAUAUUACCAAUAUGAGGAAGUUGACUAGUCUUAAUAUUAACGGAAAUGAUAUUGGAAAUAUUGCAUUUGAAGAUAUCAUUAAAAUGAAACAAUUGACCAGUUUAAAUGUUAAUAACAUUAAUAUUGGUGAUAAAGGAGCAUUUCAUGUUGGUAAAUUAAAACACUUAACAAGUUUAGCUAUUGCUAAGAAUGGAAUUCAUGAAGAAGGAGUAAAAUUUAUAAAUGAACUGCCACAAGUGACCGAUCUUGAUAUAUUUGGUAUUUCUUUUGGUCCUGGAGGAGCAAAAUAUAUAGGUGAAAUGAAACAGUUGACCAAACUUAACAUUAAUAGUUGUAGAAUUGGUGAUGAAGGAGCCACUUAUCUAAGUGGUUUGACAAAAUUGACCAAACUUAGUAUCUCUUCUAAUAGUAUUAGUGCUAUUGGAGUUAAAUUUAUAAGAGAAUUGAAAUUAUUAACUUUUCUUGAUAUUUCUAUUAAUAAUAUUGGUCAACAAGGAUCUCAAUAUGUUAGUGGAUUGGAUAAACUAGCUCAUCUCUCCAUUCAUAGAAAUAAUCUUGGAGAUGAAGGAGCUAGACACAUAGGCGAUAUGAAAUGGUUGACCAAUCUUGAUAUUAAUUGCAAUAGUAUUAGUGAUGAAGGAGCUCUUUAUUUUAGUGAUUUGAAACAAUUGACCAGUUUUGAUAUUUCUGGAAAUAACAUUUGUGAUGAGGUUGCUAAUCGUUUAAUCAAAAUAUUCCAUGAUAGUAUUUUCAUUUAA